AUGAAAUGCUUGACUGCAGCCAGCUUCGGCAGCAACUUUGGCUUCCGCGAUCCGUCGUCGUCGUCGUCAUCGUCGUCCUCGUACGACCCCGCGCCCGGCCUCGCCGGCCUUCCCGCGCUUCCGCCCACGCUCGCCGGUGCCGCCGGGUCGCUGCUGAACCUGUCGCAGCACGCCGCAACGGCCGGUCACCACUUCCGUGGCGGAGUUCUGCCCGCACACCACGGCGAUACCGGAAGUCCGGUCAAUCUGUACCUCGGUGGAGCAGGUGGCGGUGGUAGUGGUGGUGGUGUUGGUCUCGGUCCGGGUAGUCCUGGGCGUGACGGUGCACACGAGCAGUCCGAUAGUCCUUACGGGAGGCCCUAUUCCCACCUUGGUGGAACGGUGGAUUCGCUCCAGACACACCUCGGAGUGAGCGGCUUGGCGGGAGUAUACGGGGGUAGUGGUGGUAGUGAACACGACAAACCAGAUCACGACGAAGAUCACAUUAACAUACUGCCGGGAAGUCCUCGUGGUCAUAGUCCGGUAAACGGACGACUCCACAGCGGAAGUUACGGAUCGGAGGGAAGUCCGGAGCCGUCGGGAGGUCGUGAGUCCGGUUCCGGGAAGCAUCGUCCCGAAGAGUCCUGCGGAAGUCCACUCGGAAGUGCACGAUCGUACUCUAGUCAAACGAAGGACGGUGAACUCGGUCCGCUGGGCAGUUAUCCAUUGUCCGGAAGUCCGCAGGUCGGAGAGGACAGUGUCGGAUCGUCUCGCAGUCCCGAAAAUCUCUCGCACGUAGGCCAGGGACCAGGAGGGAAUUGCGGCCAGCAGGGCAAGACGCCACACACGAUCUCGGACAUGCUGGACCAUAAGCUGCAGCUCAGUUUCCUCGGACCUCCGCUGGCGGCGCUGCACUCCAUGACGGAGAUGAAGGCCGCGCAGCAUCAGCAGCAUGCGCAUCCGCAGCAGCAUCACGGUGCAGGGACGCCUGGCCAACAUCCGGGCGGAAGUCCCGGCCAUCAGACGGCCGUGUCGCAGGCGCAAACGCACACCAGCACCGCCAGCAACCCACACGGCAUCGACACGAUUCUGUCCCGGCCCCCGCCCGUCACCACCGCUCAACUGAAUGCCUUAGGAGGCGGAAUGCCCCGCUUCACGGCGGCCGUCGCCGCGGCAGCCAACAUGGCGCAGUAUCUGUCGCAGAACCACGGGUCGGGGCCGAUGAAGGCCCAUGCCGGUCCCCUCGUCGACCGGACGCACCUCUACUGGCCGGGCCUGCAGGGUCUGGUGGCGAAUCCGAUGGCGUGGCGUGAUCGACUCGGCUCAACAAUGUCCGCCAGCCUGUCGCAGUCGCACCACGCGCAGGAUAAGGACGGCAAGAAGAAGCACACCCGGCCAACGUUCAGCGGUCAGCAGAUAUUCGCCCUGGAGAAAACGUUCGAGCAGACGAAGUACUUGGCCGGACCGGAGCGGGCCAAGCUGGCGUACGCGCUCGGUAUGACCGAGUCGCAGGUGAAGGUGUGGUUCCAGAAUCGGCGCACAAAAUGGCGCAAGAAGCACGCGGCCGAAAUGGCGACGGCCAAGCGGAAACAGGAGGAGCUGGGUGAUGGUGACGGUGACUGCAGCGAACCGAUGGACUCCGACACCGAAAGUCUCGACCUGGUCGACACCGGAAGCAGCCAGCGGAAGCGCUGCCGCAUGGAGGACGAUAUGCGCCACUAG